CUUACUGAACUACUUAAGGACUGCCCAUUUUGUCCAACCCUUCCUCAGUCGAUUAUGACUGCAAAGAGUCAACCCGAACGUUGGUCUAGGAAUUGUGGCAGUGGUGGAGUGGGAAACAGCGGUCAUGUGACGGAUUACAGAUCAGGCGUGUUGGUAGCCAAUUGGGUCGAGGAUGACGCGAAGGCCUUUGGAGUUCCCAGCGACACCAUCCUCACCCAUACUACCCCCUUCCGUGGUCCACCGACUUCGACUCAUCGCCUCUUGUAUACCAGCGCGGGCAAGACCGGACCUGAACUGCUCGAGGCUUGCGAGCGCCAUGACUUGAACCGAGUUGGAGUUAAGGGCGAGCUGCUCACACGGCACGGUCGCUUUGAUCAACCCCCCGUGCAGUGCCUAGGGACGACCUACCAAAUGACCCACGGGAGGGUAGACGGCACGGACCGCCGGGUGCAGUCGUACCUAUGGCACGGUUUUAAACAGAAUGACCUUUAUGUGCCCCACAGCACAACGGGCGCACAGUCGAUGGGGUUGACGACGCGGAAGUUCCAGGAAUGGAACGCACAGGCCAACAACGACCAAUAUCUCACAACGAACCGAGUGACGUCCUUACCACCUGCUUUGUACACUGCGGAGUUGCCGGGGCGGACACAGACGUUGCGACCACUCGCGGACAGUGGCAUGCUCCAACACCCUGCCCAGAGGCCGAAGGGCGAGUCUCGCGAUGAGUGCGAUAAGAAUUACCGUCAGAUAGGCAUGCGCGUUAACUACAGGUCGUGAGAGGUGGAAGCUGAUGGGCAGGGGGCAGGGCCAGAGCAGGAUUUUGGAAAGGGGACUGUGUGCAGAGAUUUUGUUCUCAAGGAGUUUGGGGCAGUUUGCAGGAGGCUUUGUUGCGUUUUGCAGCUGGAUACUUGUUAUUGCUCACUGUGGGUUCUAGUAAUGUACAGGAUGUGCGCAGGGCCGGUGCGUGUCUUAAUGGUCUGAGCCACGCGCAGAAACUGUUGUAUGUUAGCUUGUGCCGGGUUGAGGGGGCCUGUGGGGGAGAGGGGAUGCUGCACGCCUAGCUUGGUCCUGGAGCGGAUCUUUGAUCUCGGCAGGACGCUGCAGCUGCGUCACAUAGCAGCAUUGCAAAAAGGAUGUGCAGUAUAGACAAGCCCCGGAAAGAUUGGGCAAGUUUAUGUAGGUGCGUGCAGGUAGUCAGGAUAAACGCUCGACUGAAAUGACCUGACCUUGAGACGUUAGACCGGAGUCGAUGACCUUUGGUUUGCAUAGCACGUUACACCCAAGGGCAGGUCUAUUGCCGCCAGUACAGUAGCUACAAUGAGGUGCAUGCACCCCAAGGCCUUGUGGCCAUUGCUUAUAGUAUUUCUCAUGUUAAUAGCGCGACGGC